GGGGAACUCGUUUUGUGUGGUGAAGAUUGCUUCUGAUUCCGGACAAAAGGCAGAUGCCCCACUCGAUUGGCCGGACAGAUUGCCGAAAUGCUGAGUUCUGACAAUUUUAUCGAAGAGCUUCUUCUUCCGGCAGAGUAAGAACAGAUAGAGAGGAGUAGCUGUGUGGAGAUCAAUCCAUUUAUGGAGGAGAGAUUAGACAACGAUCCACUGCUUGUAAGUGACGGACAUGGGGAUUAUCAUUCAGGCAGGAAAACGAGGAGAAGGAUUUGGUUCCUUUUUCUGGUACUCGUCUUUCUCGCCCUAACAACAUACCUCGCUUCGAGGUCAACUGACUUCCGAAGAAAUGGCGACCACUUCUUAUUACACUUGGCAUAUAAAGACGUUGUCCAGUCACCACAUGCCGUCGUCGCCGCCGACGACGGCCGCUGCUCCGAAAUCGGCAUAUCCAUUCUACAAAACGGCGGCCACGCCGUCGACGCUGCCGUCGCAACUGCAUUGUGCCUCGGCGUCGUCAGUCCGAUGUCCAGCGGCAUCGGCGGCGGCGGCUUCAUGGUCGUGCGAUCCUCCGCCGCCUCCGGCGCCGUCGCCAUCGACAUGAGGGAAACUGCUCCGGCAGCUGCUUCACAGAACAUGUACAAAGACAAUGCUGAAUCCAAAUACGAAGGACCUCUAUCCAUGGGAGUUCCCGGGGAGAUCGCCGGCCUACACUCUGCCUGGUCGAGAUACGGCCGGCUGCCAUGGAAGGCCCUGUUCGAGCCCGCCAUCAAAUUGGCAAAAGACGGCUUCUUCAUAAGUCCUUACACGGCAUCAAAACUUUCCAACAAUGCCGACAAGAUAAUGCGCGACCCCGGCUUGCGUGGAGUCUACGCUCCAAACGACAUUCUCUUGAAAAGCGGAGACAUUUGCCAUAACGUGCAGCUAGGAAUCACCUUAGAGGCCAUAGCAGAGCAGGGACCGGCAGCCUUCUACAACGGCACAGUCGGGGAACGACUGAUCAAGGACGUGGCGAAAGCCGGGGGCAUCGUGACAAUGGACGAUUUACGCCGUUAUCGAGUUAAUGUCGUCGAUGCCGUUACCGUGAACACCAUGGGUUACACUAUAUACGGAAUGCCGCCGCCUUCCAGCGGAACUCUUGGCCUUUCACUGGUUCUGAAUAUAUUGGACAGCUAUGGAAGCCGCGACGCUGCUGAAGGUCCGUUAGGACUACACCGCAUGAUCGAAGCGCUGAAGCACAUGUUCGCUGUAAGGAUGGAUCUCGGGGACCCUGCUUUCGUGGACAUAACUAAAACUGUGUCCGAGAUGCUUUCGCCUGCCUUUGCGAGGAAAAUCCGGGAGAGAAUACUCGACAACACGACAUUUCCACCCGAGUAUUACAUGCAUAGAUGGAGUCAGCUAAGGGAUCACGGGACAAGCCAUUUCUGCGUGGUGGAUAUGGAAAGAAACGCUGUCUCGCUGACAACAACGGUGAAUUAUCCGUUCGGGGCCGGAGUUCUUUCCCCGUCCACCGGGAUCGUUCUCAACAACGAAAUGGAUGAUUUCUCGGUACCGGCCGAUGUAACGCCGGACGCGCUCCCGCCUGCUCCGGCGAACUUCAUUAGGCCUAACAAGAGGCCCCUGUCUUCAAUGACGCCCCUCAUUGUUCUAAAGGACAAUCAAUUAGCAGGGGUGAUUGGAGGCAGUGGUGGUCUGGACAUUAUUCCUGGAGUCGUGCAGGUCUUUUUAAACCAUUUCAUACUUGGAAUGGAACCUUUGGCAGCUGUUGAGAAUGCAAGAAUCUACCACAGGCUGAUUCCUAAUGUGGUGUCAUAUGAGAACUGGACAGUGGUGGAUGGGGAGCAUAUCGAACUUUCUGAAGAGAAAAAAGAGUUCUUGAGAGAAAGGGGUCAUGAGCUGAAGGCCAAGGCAGGGGGGGCCAUUUGCCAGCUGGUGGUUCAGAAUCUUACCGACACUGCCGCCGGAGAGAGGGGAGACAAUGUGAUCCGAGGUGUGCUGACGGCGGUAAGUGAUCCCAGGAAAGGCGGCUGUCCGGCGGCUAUUUGAUGCUGUCCGUACACGGCAAAAGCAGCUCUGGAAGCUGGGCUGGUUCGUCGACGACAGAAGCCGCGCCCACAUUCGAUCCGUCGUCACGACUUUCUUCUGCCCCUCGGUGAUUUUCUGCAAAUACAUAAACUCUGUUUUCAGUAUCAGGCAAUUCAAAAGUUAACAAUUGAUUGUAUCUUGGCGUGUGCACUCACAUAGAAUGGUAUAUAAGCAUGCUUCCCGUUCACUGGCCCCACCGUGAAUCCCGUGUAUCCUGCCAUUGCUCCGUGCACGGCGCUUUGAGCAAGCAGCGUGCAGUAGACGUUGUCGGAUGCAUUGCUGGGAAUGGCGCGGAUCAUAUACGUCGGAUCUGAAAAAAUUUUGUUUCGAAACAUCGUUAGGCGAGACGAGUACUUAAUCGAAUACUUGCAGCAAUUCAGUUUCACUCACCUAUGUAUUUGAGAUUAA